AUGAUUUUAACCCUGUGCUGCAUUGCUUUUACCCUUUGGGUAAUCGCGUUCCGUUAUAAAAGGCAGCAGCUUUACAAAUUGGCUUCAAAGAUACCAUCAGCGAAAAAAGAUAUGCCCAUUGUUGGAGUUGCUUAUACGGUUACAGGGGAUACUGAAGAUAUAAUGAACAAGCUUAAGGAUUAUAGUUACGAAGCAAUGGAACGUCAGGGCAUUGUCAAAGGAUGGUUUUAUCACUUACUAUAUUUCUUGAUUGUAGACCCAGUUGAUAUUGAAAUGGCGUUGAAAACAUGUAUGGAGAAAGAUGAUAUGCACAGAUUCGUGAAAGAUAUCUUUGGCAACGGUGGCAUCUUCGCUCCAGUAAGCAUUUGGAGGAGACGUAGGAAAAUAUUGGUGCCUGCCUUCAGUCCGAAAAUUAUUGAGAGCUUCGUAGAUAUAUUCGCAGAACAGACAGAGAUGAUGUCAAAGAGACUCAAUGAGCAAACUAAACAGGGCAAUUUCAGCAUUUGGCCAUUUAUUAGCACUUAUACACUGGAUGCAGUUUCACAAACGGUAUUGGGAGUAACGGUACAGGCACAAAAUAACCCUAAAUCCCCGUUCUUGAUAUCAAUGACUCGGGCACUACAUUUGUCAUGCCAAAGAAUAUUCCAUCCAUGGCUUCAACCUGAUUGGAUGUACAAGUUCUUUCCACAAUAUACAGAGCACCAAUCUUGUUUGAAGCAAAUGCACGACUUCACUGAUGAGGUCAUUAGAAAAAAACGCGAUGAAUUAAGGAUUGAAUCACAAAACAAAAGUGAAGCAAACAUUGAAUACGAUCUCGACGAUUACAAGAGAAAAUCUUUUCUCGAUCUCCUUAUUAAUCUUUCGAGCAAAUCAGACAAAGGUUAUACGGAUAGGGAAUUGAGAGAAGAAGUGACUACCCUUAUCAUAGCUGGAACGGACACUUCCGCUGUUGCUAUAUGUUACACCUUGAAGAUGCUGGCCAAAUAUCCAGACGUACAACAGAGAGUUUAUGAAGAAAUCUACGACAUUUUCGGGACCUCAGACCGUAAAUUGGUAAAGGAAGAUUUGAUGAAACUGAAAUUUCUCGAAAGGGUAGUAAAGGAGACGCUGAGGCUCUUCCCUCCUGUACCUUUCAUCAUAAGGAAAAUUGAAGAAAAUGUUACACUGCCGUCCGGUAAAGUGUUGCCAGCGGGUUCUGGCCUGGUAAUCUCCAUAUGGGGCAUUCAUCGGGAUCCAAAGUACUGGGGACCGGACGCCGAGAAGUUCGACCCCGACCGAUUCUCGCCGGAGAGACUCAACCUGAAACAUGUGUGCAGUUUCAUGCCCUUCAGUCAAGGACCCAGAAACUGUCUCGGUUACCAAUACGCUUUGAUGUCUAUCAAGACCGCUGUAUCAUCGAUCGUAAGAAAAUUCGUAGUAGUUCCUGACCCAGAGAAUAGUGAUGAGCCCAAAAUUAGAGUUAAAUUAGACAUUAUGAUGAAAGAUGUUGACGGCUACCAGAUAGCUUUAGAAAGGAGGAUACCACCGUCUACCACCACCGUAAUAACAAACUAA